CGACGCUGUCACCUGGGAUCGAACUGACUCUCCGCCAUAUCCAAUCCGGUCGGCUCCACCGGCCCGUGCUGUACGCCUUUGAGGCUACCUCCUGAUAUCUUCUGGGGUGUCGGCCGGCUGUGCCAUAGCAAUCUUAUUACGUGACAGUUGUUUCUCAACCGUCCCUCAGGAGUCGACUUGAACCCCUUAGCAUCAAGCCGUUUUGCAAUCUGCCUUGCCCUCUUCACAAGACGAGCCCAUGACAGACAUCAUGUCAUAUCAAUACCCUCCGCCGCCUCUGAACGGCGCCGACAUGGACAUUCCGCAAUCGGGCUACUUGCCUGGAUACUCUGCGUCUUCAGACUUGGACCCGGAUUCGAGCAUUCCGUCCAGAGAACGCCUGGAAUUGAAACGGUCAAUCUCGACGCCCAUGGUUGGGCCGUCGCAAUCCCAGGGGCUGCCACCCCAGCCAUCCACGCCGCAGCAGUCGAGCGCUACCGGUCAGGACUCAGCCGCCGAAAGGCGAAGAAACAAGUUGGGCUACCAUCGGACGUCGGUUGCAUGUGGCCACUGCCGUCGCCGCAAGAUUAGGUGUGUCCCAUCGCAGAACGAUGUUCAGGGGCGCUGCAUAAACUGCAUCCGCUUGAAAAAGGAAUGCAGCUUCUACCCCGUAGACCAACAGCCGCCUGUGGACACGCGACAGAAAUCGGGAUCGCGGUCCUCCGUCGGCCCGAAAGUUUCUUCUGCCUCUUCAUCGCCGGCCAUGCAGGCAGGACUUCCUUCCGAUGUUCACGGCCAGCAGCCGUAUCCUCAGCUGGCGAUGCCGCCCAUCCAAAUUAUGGCGCCACCAAUGAAAUCUUCGGGGAGCGACAGCUACUCCACUGAUUCCAAGAUACCUUCGAGCGCAUACGGGCAGCAUGGGGUGACUAAUUGGAUGUCGGCGGAUGCCAGCCCAAGCUCAUCCAAGCCUGGCGAUAUGAAUGCGUCUUGGAGGUCGUAUCCGGGUGAUUCUCCCAUCACGCCCGCCUUCUCCCCUUACACACCGCAUGCGCCUCAGCCGUCGGCCCCAUGGUCGACAUCCGUGGGCUCGGAGUCGUCCACGAGGGACGACAUCGCUUGGUCGCCCUACCCUGGGCCACCGCCGCGGUCCAUGUCCUUCGGCACCGAGAGCAUGGCCGGUCAUCAGCCGUACCCGCCGAUGUCGCAAGUUGGUGCUCAUUCAAGUCGCGAGUACGAUCGCAAAUCGAGCUCCGUGUCGGCCGAUAUGUAUCCGCCGCCCAUUGCAACCACCAUUCCGGGAAUCGAGACAGUCCCGGGCACCACCCUCGAUCAGAAUGUUUCGCUGUCCGCAGGAGCCGUUCCUCCGGCAAGUUACGCAUCUUGGCAGCAAUCGUACUCGUACUCAAAACCUAGCGAAAGCUACGGCGGAUGGUACGGAGAUGCGGCAGACCAGCAUUCGUCAGGACAUGGACAUUCGUACUAUGGGCGGUGACUGAAGG